UACUCAGGGACACAGAAUUGUUUACUCAGGGACACAGAACUGUUACUCAGGGACACAGAAUUGUUACUGAGGGACACAGAAUUGUUACUGAGGGACACAGAAUUGUUACUCAGGGACACAGAAUUGUUACUGAGGGACACAGAAUUGUUACUCAUUCAGACACAGAAUUUUUACUCAGGGACACAGAAUUGUUACUCAGGGACACAGAAUCGUUUAAUUAAAGAGUAUGUCAGGACAACAAUGCAGAGGAGUGGCAGAGGAGGCAAUGUUUUAGGAGCGAGCAGACGUGCAGCAGAGGAAGGGGUCGAGGCAGCACUAGUCGCAGCCAGAGGCCAGUGCUCCCCGGUGUCAUCCAGCGGUCGUGUCUCCACCGACAACCCUGCCGUCAUCGAUUGGUUGGCUCGGUCGUCUUCCUCUUUCCCAGGUCACCUCUGACACCUACAGCCAACGGUCGGUGGGUACGUCAGACACAACCGUUAGUUGGCAUGGCCCGGGAGCAAGCCCACUGAAAUCACGUGUCCUCUACCUGCCCCUGUCCUUUGGUGUUCCCCUCACCAAGCGAAGUAUCGCAUGCUGUGGGCUCAGCCCCACUGUACAGUGAGGAAGAGCUAACAGAGGGCGGUCAGGAACGGGGGGAGACAUCCGCCUCUUCAGCAGCCAGGCGAAGAAGUAGUGGCGAGGAGAGUGGCUCGGUAGCCGGUCUAGAGAACAGGUCUGUCUCCUGACCCA